AAUUGUUGUGAUAAACUUAUUAAAUAGAUUUAUGCCAUGACGUCUCUUAAUGAGCUGAAACUUGACCUCGAAGAAUACGAAAAGCUGCUUUCCUCAUCCACUAGACCUAGAGUCAAGACGCAUUUGGAGAAAGAUAUUUCCAUUAUUAAAACUACUAUUCAAUCUAUAUCAGAUGCUGCUACCCCGUUAGCUGCCAAAGAAAAUGCAAACACAAACAGUGGUGGCUCAGCCAAACAUUUCAAACCAAUUAAAAGUUUUGGAUAUGACGGUUCAUCAUUGAAGACUGCUAAAAUUUAUGUCAACUUAAAAGGAAUCGGAACUCACGACGCAUCCAAGCUGUUUUCAAAUUUUGACACCAGGUCGUUGGAGGUUAAGGUGGAAGACUUUAAUAAUUCGAAUUACGUUUUCUCAGUAACUGGACUAGCUGCUGACAUCAUACCUGAACAAUCUAAUGUCAAGGCCAAAGGAGAUGAAAUUAUCGUGACCUUGAAAAAGAAGGAGGAAAAGGCAUGGAAGCAUCUGAGAAAGUGUGACCAAGAAGCCGACGAUAAGAAGAAAAAGAAGGAAGCGGAAGAGAAAAAGAGUGAGAGCAAUGACCCGAAUUCCUCCAUUAUGAAUAUGAUGAAGAAGAUGUACGACGAGGGCGACGAUGAGAUGAAGAGGACCAUUGCGAAGGCGUGGACUGAGUCGCGCGAGAAACAGUCAGCGGGCGGGGGAGGAGGGGACUCCAUGGGAAUGCCAGGGGGCAUGCCUGGAAUGCCCGGUCUAUGAAGCAUCUCAAAUUACACCAAAGCUUUUUCCAAAUGAACUGAGUUGUCUCAAACUAAACUACUUUCUCUGACAUGCAUGAGAUGACCGAGUUGCAUAUUUAUAUGAGUGUAAAUUGCAAUGAUAUCUGUUUUCGAUUAUCGCUGUACAAAUUUACACUUCUGGGAGAUUGUGAAAGCAAUUUUCACUAUUGAGCAGAUCAAAAUAAUUCAAAAUUUGAUGGUUCGA